AUGUCGACCGCUUCUUCAGCACCACCACCACCAACAAUUGUAAUCAACACUCCCGGCGCGCCAACCUCGACAAUCUCCGCCCCUCGCACAGAACCUCCCAAAGAACAAUCACGUCAGCGACCGCAGAAACCCGCCCUCGUCAAGCAAUGUUACCUGUGUGACGAGCAGAACCCCGGCGACUUCUCGCCCACGACCAAAUUCCUCGAGACCUGCCUGCUCUGCUCGCGCCACUUCUGCCCGAUCCACAAGUCCGUGAACUGGGAUCAAGUCUGCAACAUCAACCACGCCGACUACUACCGAGAAUGCCUCGAGAAGGCGCGACAAGAGUUGGUUUCGCAAGGCAAAGGAAACGACUCCAAUCGACGCAGCCUGGCGGAGAUGUUGAUCAACGAGGGCGUCUACCCCAGCUUAGGGGAGCGGGAGAAGGCCAUCUUCAUGACCAGCCCGGUCAGCGCAUCCAAGAUGCAAGAACUGGCCGAAUACCGUAGCCUCGACGCCGCGAUGCAAGGGACGAGCACCAAGCCCAAGAACCAACUGAUAGAAGAGAAGGACUUUGUCGGCGCGGACAUCGCCGUCUGA